UGACGGGGGGACGCGGCGGGGCUGCAGCCGGAGCCGGAGCCUCAGUCGGUGUCGGGAGCCGGAGCCGCUGGGGCCAUGGGCUGGCGGGCGGGGGCCGCCGCUCUGCGCACCCAGCCUGCCGCGCGCUAGCGAGCUGCCGGGGAAGAUGGCGGAGAGGCUGGAAUGGGUGGAAAUCAUAGAGCCUCGAACGCGGGAGCGCAUGUACGCCAACCUCAUCACAGGGGAGUGUGUGUGGGAUCCGCCCGCUGGGGUCCGCAUAAAGCGCACCAACGAGAACCAGUGGUGGGAACUCUUUGACCCGAACACCUCACGCUUCUACUACUACAAUGCCACCACCCAGCGGACCGUAUGGCACCGGCCGCAGAACUGUGACAUUAUCCCGCUGGCCAAGCUACAGACCCUGAAGCAGAACACAGAGUCACCGAGGGCCUCCACAGAGAACAGCCCUGGGCGGAGCAGCAAUGUCAGCAGGGAGGGCAGCACCAGCUCCUCCCUGGAGCAGGAGCUGGAAGGCAGCGAGAAGGUGCAAGAUCAGACGAGGUCAAACCGUCAGUCAGCCCAGUUUGCUGUAGUGAAAGAAGAACCAGAAAGUUCUUCACCUCCCGGAGUGUUUGAGAAAGAAUAUGAAAUAUACCGGGAUUACAAUACAGAAGGUCAACUUCUCCACUACAGGACAUCCUCCCUGCGAUGGAACACUGGCACCAAGGAGCGCAUGCUGAUCAAGGUGACGGACCGCGAGCCGAGCUUCCUCAUGCACCAGGGCAAUGGCUACACCACUGACAACCAGCAGGGGACCCGCUCACGGAGGCCGUCGGGGGGCCAGCAGUCCCCCAAUCUGCAGACAUUUGCCCCUGACACUGACAACUCCGUCUUCUUCCCUGAGAGGAAGCAGUCUCCCUUCUUGAAAAGGGCUGACCACGUGGGCAGCUGCUCCCCGCUGCUCGGUCGGGGGGAUUCAUUCUGCUCCCCGCUCCAGUCCCAGCACCGGAAGCACUCGAGUGAGUCCCAGCCAUCUUCUCCUCGCUACGCCUAUGAGCCCCCCUUGUACGAGGAGCCCCCCAUGGAGUACCAGGCCCCCAUCUAUGACGAACCCCCCGUGGACAUGCAGUAUGAAGCCAGCGGGAACUACAAGGCGGGCUCCCCGCAGAAAUCGCCCAUCCGCAAACCCCACCCAUUCUUGCAGUCGCCCAAGCAGGGCCCCAACUCCCCCUACCAGCAGCUGGUGCUGACCAAACAGAAAUGCCCUGAGAGGUUCAUGAGCCUGGAGUACAGCCCUGCAGGCAAGGAAUAUGUAAGGCAGCUGGUUUAUGUGGAGCAGUCCGGUUCCAGCCCCAAGCUGAAAACGGGCCUGCGACACAAAUACUCCCCCAACCCCGUAGGUGGCUCAUACUCGCUGCAGCACAGCCCCUGCCUGGUGAGGGACCAGCGCCUGGAGAUCAAGUCUGGGGACUACAGCAGCAUGGAAGGGGCUGACUUCCGACACAGCCAGCCCGUGAGCCAGGCCUCCCAGGGGGAAGACUCCAUGUCAUGGUCCAGCCAGCAGGACACCAUGUCUUCUACAGGGUACUCACCUAGCACCAGGAAAAGGAAAAGCAGGAAGCCCUCCCUGUCCCAUGACCCCAACACCUCCUCAACGGAUGGCUCGGGGGAUCGGGAGGCACUCAGCGAGCAGCUGAUGGCAGAGGAGAGGCCCAUGCCCGGCGCUUACAGGCCCCAGAUGAACCGCACAGAGAGCAAAUCCAUUGAGGCCGAGGCAGCGCGGGGCUUCCCAGAGCCCUUCCUGGCCCAGGCCCGGCUGGCAUGGGAGGCGCAGCAGGCUCAUUACCACAUGAAGCAGCGGAGCAGCUGGGAUUCCCAGAAGGACGGCUCAGGCUAUGAGAGUGAUGGCGCCUUGCCCUUACCGAUGCCUGGCCCCGUGGUGCGGGCCUUCAGCGAGGAUGAGGCCCUGGCACAGCAGGAGAGCAAGCACUGGAAGAGGAAUACCUUUGAGAAGCUGGGGUUCCCUCAGAUCCUGCUGGAGAAGAGUGUGUCUGUGCAGACCAACCUGGCUUCUCCAGAGCCCUAUCUGCAUCCAUCUCAGUCGGAGGAUCUUGGUGCCUGUGCCCAGUUUGAGAGCAGCAGACAGAACAGAAAUAUGAUGCCUAGUGCCAGCUGUGUCUUCCCUACCUUCACCCUACGAAAGCCCUCCUCGGAGACGGACAUUGAGAACUGGGCCUCCAAGCACUUCAACAAGCACACCCAAGGGCUCUUCCGGAGGAAGGUCUCCAUUGCCAACAUGCUGGCCUGGAGCAGCGAGUCCAUCAAGAAGCCCAUGAUCAUGACCAGCGACCGCAACGUCAAGAAGGAAGCAUGUGAGAUAUUUAAACUGAUUCAGAUGUACAUGGGGGACCGGCGGGCCAAGGCAGAUCAACUCAACGUGGCUUUGGAGAUCGCCACCAAAGGCUGGAGCAUGCAGGGUCUGAGGGACGAGCUAUACAUCCAACUGUGCCGGCAGACCACUGAGAACUUCCGUUAUGAGAGUCUGGCACGGGGCUGGGAGCUACUGGCUAUUUGCCUGGCCUUCUUCCCGCCCACUCCCAAAUUCCAUUCCUACCUAGAAGGAUAUAUUUACCGGCACAUGGAUCCGGUGAAUGACACCAAAGUGACUCAGCACAUUAAAGAGCUCCUGGAAAGGAACAGUAAGAAGAAAUCCAAAUUGAGAAAGAAACCCAAGCCCUAUAUCGAAGAGCAUGAUGGGGUGGCAAUAAGCACUUACGCCAAGUACUGUUACAACAAGCUCCAGAAAGCAGCCUUGACAGGAGCAAAGAAGGGCCUGAAGAAGCCGAAUAUUGAGGAGAUCCGGCAUGCAAAGAACGCAGUGUUCAGCCCCUCCAUGUUUGGGAGCUCCCUGCAGGAGAUCAUGAACAUGCAGAAGGAGAGGUACCCAGAUCGGCAGCUCCCCUGGGUGCAAACCAGACUGUCUGAGGAAGUGCUGGCGCUGAAUGGAGACCAGACCGAGGGCAUCUUCAGAGUGCCUGGAGAUAUCGACGAGGUCAACGCCCUCAAGCUGCAGGUCGAUCAGUGGAAAAUCCCCACCGGCUUGGAAGACCCUCAUGUUCCUGCGUCGUUGCUGAAGCUCUGGUACCGGGAGCUGGAGGAGCCGCUGAUUCCCCAUGAGUUCUACGAACAGUGCAUCACCCACUACGAGAACCCAGAGGCAGCCAUCGCAGUCAUCCACUCUUUGCCCAGGAUCAACAAAACGGUGCUCUGCUACCUCAUCCGCUUCCUACAGGUGUUCGUGCAGCCAGCUAACGUGGCGGUCACCAAGAUGGACGUCAAUAACCUGGCCAUGGUUAUGGCCCCCAACUGUCUGCGCUGCCAGUCCGAUGACCCACGGAUCAUCUUCGAGAACACCCGGAAGGAAAUGUCCUUCAUCCGGGUGCUGAUCCAGCACCUGGACACCAGCUUCAUGGAGGGGGUCCUAUAGCGGCGAGCUGCGGGAGGAGCCAAAACCAAAUCUGACGACGACCACAACCCACCCAACCCCCCUUAAACCCCAGGUCAAUCAGCCGACGAGCACGAGCCAGACACCACAAAGGGAAGGCACUGGGCAGCCCUGGGCAGGGCCUCUCGUCCCCGUCACACCGUGUCCCCAGAGCCAUUAUGAGCUGGCCUAGUCCCGCCUCUCUCACCCCAGCAUCUCUCAUCAUCCUUUGCCCUCUAGUGUCAUACAGGAAGUGGUGGUGGGAUCCCGCCAGUGUUACUGGCAAAAUGACAUCUGCCCUCCCCUGAACCAGACCUCUGGAGAUGUUGCUGCCUAUCCCCCCAGCCAAGCCACCGUGGGGCAGCCUGCAGGGUUAGCCUGGCGUGGCAGCCACCUGCAGGUGAGGCUUCGGGAGUCCUGCCCGGCAUCCUGGGCCUGCAGCCACUCUGGGGAUGUGGGAUGCUAGGCCUUGCCACCGCACUUUAAUGAGUGCUGUGUCUCGCAGGCAGACGUCCGAGACAGCCACUGCUGGCUGCAGCUGCCACAUGCUUCCUAGGGGAGAGGGGUGGCUGCAGGAGGGGGUGGUGCUUAAGAUGGCAGUGUGGACGGAGGGGGAGAUCAGAAUAAGUUAGCGAGCAUCACCAAGGCCUCCCAAUGCUCCUGCCCUGGGGCCAGCGCUGGCUGGGAGGGUGGGUAGGACAGUCUCAAGGCAGGGACUGCAAGGGGGUAUUUGCAGCAGUCCCACGCAGCCUGGAAGCUAGGGGAUGCCCAGCGGGAACAUUCAUGUGGAAUAGGGUAUGGAUCCAUCUGGGAGGAUAAAGCCCCUUGGUAGGAAGGGGUCUAAGCCCCACGCAGGCCUCAUCAGCUCAGCCCCCUGCUGAGAAGAGGGACCCCUUUAUGGCUGGAGGAGGGGGCCAAAACCAACUCCAAGUUCUCGGGCAAAGCUCGUGGUGAGGCAUCUCUGUGACCCAGAGCCACCUGCAUCCGGUGAUGUCACUUCCCCUUCCUUUCCUUCUCUUCAUCAGCUGCUUGUAAAGCCCAGAUCUGAUCACAGCGUCUGUGUUGGGAGGGCGGGGUGUCGACUCAGCAGUGAUUAAUUCUCAAACCCUGAGACCUACCAGCCCUUUCUAGACAGGAUCUCUGCGCCUUGAAUGUAACCCCGUACCGGGAGGUUCAGGGCAGGGCAGAAAGCUAUGACUGCAGCCUGGUUUGUCCUGGCGUUCUAUUCAGGCUCCCGUGCUGCCUGGGCUCCCGUUCCAGGGCAGGACAGCCAGGAGCAGCUGGGCUUCAUUUGCCAUUUGGGCUGUGGCAGGCUCAGCUGGCGCAGGGUUCGGCUACAUCUCAGCAAACCCCAUAACCCGAGCUCGUUCCUUGCCAUCUCUAGAAGGGGACUGUCCCCGGCUUUUCCUGACUCCCCUCAGCAGUGGGCCAUCUCCGCCCGCCCUCAAGAGGGCGACAGUGCAGGCAGAGGGUGCGUGUCCCAUCAGAGCUACCUGCAGACGAUGGAUUUAACAAUCAGUCGGGGAUAGAAGAAUGACCAUCAAAGGUGGCACUCAAGUUCCACUUUCACUCUCCUGAGUAUGGGUAGGGCUAGUUAACUUCCUGGGUGUUUUGCCCAUGUGGCCCAUGCGCAGCUAGGGCCUGGUAUCAGCAAUAACUCCAUCGCUGAUUUCCAAGACAACAUCUUCUCGGUUUAUGAACACAGACAAGACUGGCGCUGGCUGGUGCUGCGUGCAGCAGGUCAGACCCCGGCUCGCUGGGCCCCAGCUCCAUCAGCCCUGCAGAGGAGAGUUGUUUUGGGCAGGGCGCCAAGCGGGCGCAAUGGAAGAGAUGUGCUGUCGGGAGAGUGGAGACUGCCAAGGAGCUGGUGUCACGGGAGCACCCAGCGUGCCAAACCCUUCCACUGUAGCAAUAUCCCAGCUGGGCCGUGUCGGGGCUUCUUUCUGUCAUGGCUGGAUUCUGCAGCAUCGGCCAGGGCAAGGAGGCUGCUGUGCUGAGCCAUGGCAAUGAGCAAGGCUUUUAAAGCACUUGGCUAGUGUGGGACACACUCUGGGUAGAGGUGCUGGCUCCUGAAGGCAGAGAGUGACCGAGGAGUUCUCUCCUGCUGUCAGAGAAUGAAAGUGUGGGUCAGACUUGUGAAAAUCCCACCUGGCAACACGUUCUGGAUGGCCCUUGGCAUCAGCCCCAGCGAGGCGUCGGGGGCUUCUGGAUCACCGGGCUCAGAGGGCUCUGGGACACAUGGCAGAGCUGAAGCCAUCAGCAGUGCCAUGUUUUCUCUCUUCCUUGCCCUCCGGAGGAUUUCCAAGGCGGAUGGCUGCUGUUGCUCUACGGGAGCUGGGAGGCUAUUGGGAAAUGGUUACAAUCCAGCUCGUUCCCUCCUCUCGAGGGGCUCUCCUUGGGGCAGUCAGGACCAAUGCCGGCUGGACUUGGGUCUCUGAAAGUAGCCCUGGCAUCUCCGACUCCCCAUCUGAUGGGCAAAAUCCCUUCUCGUCGAGCCGCCUGGCGAGUCUCAAAUGCCCACAUGAGCCUAGUGCUGGGCCCCAGCAUCUCCACGCUUCGAUGCCUUCUGCGGUUGGCCCCUUGCCCAGCUGUCACCCCCAGGCCUGUGCUCUAGCAGAUAUCCAGCUCAAUCCACCUUUACCGGAGGCCAGUUCCCCCGUAAGCGUCUGUUGGCCUUUAGGGUUUGCAUGUAUUAAAAGGGAGUCCAGCUCAGGACGCAACCAAAUCAGCCCCUGAGCAGCCUGGUGGUGGCACUGGGCUGUGCCUCUGAGGAUCUGCAGUGCACUGCCCCGUAUCCCUGUUUUUAUAGAGCUCCCCACUUUAACCCUGAGCUGCUGGCCCAUGACCCCCACCCCCUGCAGGAGAGUUAACCUCUUGGCUGCUGGUGCUCAGGCAGGGACUCUGUGCCCUACCAUCUAGGUUUACAUUUCUCCAUGUUAACUCUCUUCUCCCCAGCCUCUCUCCCUGCUGUGCUCUUUAACCUGCAGCCUUGCUUCCUUGGGAUCUCAGUGGAGGAACUGUUUUUUCUGUCUGACCUCUAUUUACUGGAUGAUUCCCAUUCAUGCUGGGAUUCGAACUCUUGGCAGCAGCAAGAUACUGGCUGCAUGUGUGCGUGUGACUGACCUGCUUUCCUUCUGCCAGCCACGAGGAUUUCACUUCGCUGUGCCGAGGGACCUCUAACUCCCUGGGGGACCCAUCCAGUGACAGCUCCCCCACGCUGGAUUCCUCCUCAGCCUCUGUUUCCCGAUCAGCUCACUUCAGCAUUCAGCUGUGAUGGUUCCCCCCUCUCACCCCGGACAGCCUGAGCAUGGACAGCCCACAUCUACUUGCACCGGAGCACUGUGCCCACAGGCCCCUCCUGCCUCGCUGAGACCUUGUUUUCAUCUCACACUGCCAUCAGUCUGUGGCAGGCAGCUGGGUCCUCGGCGCUGCUCAGCACGUGGCAGCGUGCAAUGGCUGGGUGCCCCACAGCAGGCGCUCUAGGGAGCCGCGAGCUCACCGACCUGCCAGCGGUGCAGUGUCCAUACUCCACAGCAUCCUUGUGGCUCGAGGCAGGUCUCACCCGGAGAGAAACCUGCACCGGGUCCUGGGUGGAGAGCCCCAUCCCAUCCCCCGCGAGGUGUCUCAGGAGAGCCCCAGAGAGUCCGGCUGAGUGUCUAAUACCUUGGGUGUCAGGUCGAUGACGAAGCCCUGGGUGCGAGGAGCAGAGUGCAGUGCAUACCCGCUGUGCGUCCCACAGUGCUGGGGUGCGUCAGGGGCCUCUGGCCUGCCUUCUGUAGCUCCCAUCCCCACAGGAGCAACGUGCUGCUCUCUGCGACCGCAACGGCUGUGUGGAGGCACCGCAAAGCACCGGUGGGGCCGGUCGCACAUGGUCGGGCAGGAGAGUCCAGCGGGAAUCCCCACCAAGGUGGGAACAUCCCCCUCUCCGGGACAUUUUCCUUCCUACUGACAGGGAAGGAGCAACUCCUGCUGUUAGAGACAGGCUGGGCUUAAACAGGGUCAGGGAACAGAAGCAAGUCAGAUCUAGCCGUCUGUCAUCUCGGGUAUUUCUCAUGUGUUGUCACUGCGUGACUAAGUGCCAAGAACACACAAUAGGGUAAUGCUAAAAUUGCCCACUGGGCCCUCACUUGUCAUUCUCCAGGAUUCAUUCACUGGUACAAUAAAUCUUUCUUUUCCUUCUCUCUCCUCCUCCUCAUCACCUGGCCACGAAGAAGGAUGCAUUUCAUCACCAGGGAAGGUUUCUCAUUGAGUGGCAAACACACUCAGGCUUGGGCUGGUCCUCCUGUGGCAAGGAGUUCCACAGUCCGCCAAGGAGGCUGUGACCCAAAGGCCAGCAGUUCUUCCAGCCUGGAGGAGGGGCCUCAUGUCACACUGCUCCCUGGCUGACAGCUUUGAGCGUCUGGUUAGUUACUUCCCUACAGCCUCCUUGGGGAAGGGAGUCCCUGGGAACUCGCCAGCACCUGGGCUGCCUAAGAGAUUAACCCCUUGGUGUUUUCACAGCUUCUCACCAGUCCCUCCCUCCAGCCUUUCUCAGCGAAAGGAAAAGAGAGCCGAACCAUCCCAGCGAGCCUGUUCCUCAGAGGGAUGAUGGGCAUCAGGGAACCUGCUGGGGGAGGGAUGGGGUGUAACCCCAUGCACAUGAAACCCAGAGUCUUGGACGAUGGCAGGGACAAGUAUGCAGAGCUGGAGCCCAGACGUGACAUGAUUCCCUCCAUGCAGCUAUAAAGAGCAAGUGCCUUCAGCUCCCUGGGAGAAACAGCUACUGCCAGCCCAGAGCCAGCCCCAGCAGCAAACACCCUCCCUGCCCACACACCUGCCGGGAAAGGAGUGAGACAUAGGUGCUGUGAGGAGCCUGGGCAGUCCAGCGGUGAGCCUGGCAACCCUGCAGUGGCUGGUGCUUUUGUCCUCAGUCUCUCUGUGAAGUCCCAUACCCUCCUGGAGAGCAGUCUGUUCUGCCUCUGGGUAUCAAAUGCUGUGUGGGACGGAUUAACUAACCUGUCUCGUGUCUCCAACCUUCCUUGGUUCCUCGCGGUUCCAACCGGCUGCACUCACCCCCCACCCCGCCCCGAUCUCAGCUGGGGUUUCUUUGGCCUGGGCUUCUCUUCUCCAGUCUGACAGUGAGAUUUCAUCCCUUCCUACCCGAAAUGUUAUUCUUGCCACCAACGUGGACGCGUGCGGUGUCCGCGUUGCCGGCUGAUGUGUUCCAGCCAUUUCCCUGAGCCCAGGCAGUGCUGAGCACCACUAGCCCCUGCCAGAGAGGAAGGGAGCUGAAAGCUCCCUGCACCCUGCUGGAUGAAACCCAUGGGUGCUGUCCCCAGCUCAACAAGAGCUUUCAGGUGUGUUCCUGCAAGUCCCAGUGAGUCGUUCCAUGGGUGCCCGUGGGAUGUUCCCGGGAGUGAGGAGUGCAGGCUUGUCCCGGGGGGUAGCGCCCGCCGCACAGCUCCCAGGGUGCUGCUUGUGUGGGUCACUUGCCCAUUCCCCACAGCACGCUGGGUCGGAGAUAGCAUGUGCUGAGCCAUUUCCACCCCCCAGGACUUGGAAUGGGAAGUGGAUUUCACUGGGCUGGGCCUGGACAAACCCUCUUAGCUGUGUGAUUGAUCCGUACCUUGGGGAGCCUCUUGUCAGUUACACCCCCAGCCUGCCAUGUCUGGCCUGUUUCCGUAUGUCCACAUGGCAAUUAAAAACCCACAGCUGGCCGGGCCUGCUGCCUCGUGCUUGCAGGGCUCAGGCUAAGGGGCUGUUUCACUGCGGUGUAGACGUCCAGGCUCGGGCUGGAGCCUGGGCUCUGGGACGCUGCAAGGGGGGCGGGUCCCAGAGCCCGGGCUCAGCCUGAGCGCGAACAUUUACACCGCAAUUAAACAGCCCCUUAGCCCGAGCGCCCCCCCCCCCCACGAGCCAGAGUCAGCAAUUGUCUGACUGCAGUGUAGACAAACCCUCUGUGACUCUGGCUUGUAGGCCUUGUAAAUACUUCUAAGGGCUGUAAUCAGGUAACCAUUCAGAUAAGCUCCAGAUGCUGCAACAGACCAAAGUGGGGAGGCGGAGGGUCCUUCCCACUUACUUUCCUGUUACCAAGUCAUCUGAUGGCUUCAGCACGGGAAAUUCCCCUCUGAGAAUCAUGGUUCUCCCCACAGAGGCUGGUGGGCUUUCUGACCAGGUCUCCUGUAACUCUCCGUGCCCAGUGUCAUUAAACCCGAGGCCUAGGGCAGCAUGAGAGAGCAGGGUCAGCCCCGCAGUCCGUUCGUUUGCCCUGUGACUGGCUGUUUCCCCUAGCCCUCCUGCAAAGUCCAUGGAAUCAAUGUGUCCCCAAAGAUGUCCCAGGCUGCAGCGGGCUCCAGACGCUUGCUGCAGGAGCGGGAGUUGUCAGCAGGGGGUACAACGUCAGCACCAUGGAGGGCUUGUGUAUCAGGGUUUCUACCUGUUGCAGUAGCCUGGUCUUGGAGCUGGUGUGAGUAAUGAAGCCGCUUUUGCACUUCCCAAAGCAAACAGCCAAUGUUGCUCACUGCAGGCUCCAGGAGAAGGGCGUGAGGAGAGCUGCUUCCUCGCACCUGGGAGGGACACUCCUUUGGCUGGUGCUCAUUUGUUUUGCCCUCUUUCAGUGGCCUGGUGACGUAGGCACCCCCAGGCUGCAAUGUGAGUCAUGCUUAAUCAGUGCCUGUACUGGAUCCGAAAGCAAAAAUGGUGGAGGCCCCAGACCAGGCUCCCAUCUGGCUGGGCAAGCCUCCUUUCAGGACCCAGCAACUCUGCUGCUCAUGGGCCUGGCCCUGUGAGCUGUCGAGGGCCCUCAGCUCCCAUGUCGUCAGUAGGAGGUUAGGACCCUCGGCCCUUCUCAGGAUUGGACCCUCAAUCAGCAGAAACCCAGCUCUUUCAUGGACUCACCUAGAGACACCUGCUCAACCACUGAAGAUAGCAGUCUGGAUGUACAGUGCUAGCAGAGACGAGAUUGGGCAAGGUCAGGCGACACCCCAGCUGGGGUUUCUGGGUGCAAGUGGUACCCUGUGUCCCCUCUUUCACCAGUAGAACUUACAAAUGGAAGGGGCCUCCCAAACCAUUUAACCUGUCCCCCCGGCAGGGCAGGGAGGGCAAGAUUCUAGAAGCAAGGUCUGGAGUAGCUCCAGCAACAGGAGCAAGAGCGAUGGAGAGGGAGAUUAUUUUUAUUUAAUGCGUUCCUGUAAAGCUGGAAUGUUAUGACGCAUCCCAGGCCAGUAAGAUUAUAUAGAGAGAUAUAAAGAGAGAGAGAUAUACAUAGUAAAAAUCGCUAAUGACAUAGUUUUAAAUCCAGAUGCUAUUUAUCUUUAGAGCCAUUGUCUGUCGCCCUUUCAUUGCACAAGAAUUAGCUUUUGUCCCAGUUUGUUUGGGGGGGUUCCAUUGCAGGGUUUUUUCAUGGCUUCUGACCAAAAAAUAAUAAUCCUCUUCCCCCUGCGUCCUGUAGAGAAAGGCUCCCUUAGGGACAGGACCUUCUGCGGUGCUGACUCCACUCAGCCGAGUGCAGGGGCCGCCUGGCCAUUCCCAGGCUCGUUGCCGCAGGAUCAGUCAAGAAGGCAAAGGUGAAAUGUUAGGGUCCCCCAGCAGUGAGGUACUGGCAGUUCCUUGCUGGGUGCUGAGGGUCCAGCCCAAUGGGGCCCUGCUCUAAGAGCCAUCUCUACUAAGCAGCUGAUUGAGUCUCUGCUGCUCUCCCAGGCAGCCACACACGACAGGUUUAACUAAGGCUCAGUGCCCACCAGGUUGUUUCUGGCACUGAAGUCUCCCCUCUGGCUGGUUUACGGCAGUAAGAAUGUGCACACUGCUUGCCUGAGUUCCACACCUUGCCGAGGGCCAGAUCGUGCCCCAGGGACCCUGAGCGCAGCUCCCUGGGUCUUACUGACAGAGCAGCUUGGGAGCAGCCGAGGAGGCACUGUUGGGUGCAACCCUCUUGGACCCAGUGCCUGCUGUCUCUGCUCUCGAAGCCCGUAGGAGUCGCACUAGUGUAGCAAGGGCAUCACUGGGCCCGUGCAGGGUCUUGGGGCUGGAUUCUGAUCUCGGCGAAUCUGGAGAGAUCUCCCCUACAUUGAGAUCAGGAGCUGGCUCUUGAGUUUCCAGACAGGGCUGGGAGCCCCUUCUCCCCAGGGGCUACACCUUCCCACAGGUACCAAAACCUAGAGGAACGUGGCUCUUUCAAGGGACGUUGUCGGGGAGUUUUGGCCAGAAACACAGGCUGUGUGUUACAGGAAUUGUCUGACCACCAGGCGGCAGUGGGGAAGGGUUCAUGAAAUCUGCCUGGUCAACAUUCAAAAUGAGAUUGAAAUUGUCCCUGCUCCUCAAAGAGCCCUGGGCUAUUGCCUGAGAACCAGGAAGUGAAACUGACCCAUCUAGCUGCACAGCCUGAGCUGAUCAAAUAACCGUAGAUGCUGCUAGGAAGCCAGGGAAGGGAUUUUUAACCUGGCAGUGUCCCUUUAAAUAGGGGAAGGGGCAAAUUCAUCCCUAUAAUGAAUCCCUGGAAGCCAGGGAUGAGUUUGACCCCAUGUGUGGCAGGGAGCAAUGCACUGCUGGGGCCACCAUGGAAUAAGCAGACGCAGAUUAGUGCUGAAUUCCUAGGCAAUGUGUCUCUAGGACUUGGUCAGCGUCCAUACGGCCAAAGGAAGUGACUGGCACGUAGCUGUUUGUUACAGAGCGUUCGGCCCAUCUCCUUGCUGUCCCCCUGCUGGAGGAGCCAUAUAUGGGGACCCCCGGUUGUGUGGGGAGCCCUGUUGUGUGCUUGCUACCCACAAAUCUCUGUGUAACUCUUGGUUGAUUUGCUUUAGCAUUAUCCAUUUGCAUGUGCCCAGGUGGGAACCCAUCAGGCCUUUCCCAGCAGUGGCUGGAGGUUUUCCCAAGCUGGGGACUGGAAUUGCAGCCUGAACAGGCUUGUCCUGUUGAACCAAAUUCUAGUUCUUGUCUCAUUUACCCAAGCGCAAAUCCAUCCACAUCAGUGGUUUUUACUCCAGAUUUACACUGGCAGGAGAUCAGGGGGCUGGAUCCUGGCCCCACUGAAGCCAGUGGGAAUUGUACCCUUGACUUCAGUGGUAGACUGGGCAUUAAUGCUGGAGGUACUGGCCUGAAUCCCAGUGCAUGAGGAACGGGGGUUUGACACCGAUUCUCUUUUCAUUGGCUCCAACUUUUCUCAGUUCAAGACAGGAGUUGUACAGAGAUUUUCUAGCUAUCCAGAAGCUCUUUUGAUCUCAUUAGAAGCUCUGGAGCUGAUUCUCCCCCUUCUUCAUUUUGUUUUAUUCUUAGAUGGAACUGGCCUUUCUCCAGCUUUGUAUGUUUCAGAUGUUCUGACUUUGUUCUUGUCGUCAUAAACUCGGUUUUCCCCCUCGAUUUUAUAUAUCAAUUUUUUUAGACUUGGGUUUUUAUUUAUUAUUAAAAAGACAAAAAAAGAACAAACCAAACCACUCAUGGAGGGACAGCAAGGAGGGAGCCAGACAUUACGGGAGACAAAGGCGACUGCUCCGGAGGGUGUUUGGGGCUGGAGGUGCAUUCUCCAUCAAUGGGCGACAAAGAUUCCCACCACCCCACCCUCACUGGGUCCGUUCCAGACAAAGAAACCCCAUAAAGUGAAACUUGCUUUUAACUACUCAGUGACUAACCACUAAUGUGCCUCAGCACAUGCGACCCGCAACUCUCUGCUCCCCCACCCCAGGGGGUCUCUCCAGGUGGGGCUGGGCUUGUUGGCAAUGUGGAGCCUGCCUGUGCCCGUUCUGCUGUCCAGGGCAUUCAGUCUGGCAUCUCUCACCAGCACUAAAUUCCACAGGCAAAGCAGAACCCAGACAAUCCAGCAACUGGGCCUGAUUCUCCUCUCACCUCCACCACUCCGCUGACUCCAUAGCGUGUCCCCCACCCCCUCAGUUUACACCCGCGUGAGCUCACAGGCCCACAUUACAGCCGGAACAAACCAGGCCAGCCCUUGUGGGCCAGCCCCUAGCAUAUAGUAUAUCCAGCCAAAGGGCUGGAUUCUGGGUUAACACAGGUCAGUCUGGGGCGAGUCCACAGUCGAUGGGCCUGAUCCUGCAUUGACACCAGCCCAAAUCAAGAGCAACUUCAUCCUGGUGAGCGGAGGGGAAGUGUGAGCAGAACCCGGCCCAGUGGAGUCACUCAGAGCUAGAGCUAGACCCGUGUGACUGAGAUCAGGAUCUGGCUCAGUGCCUGGCAUCAUUCCUCAGCUGGUGAUAUUAGUGAUUUGGCCUGUCGCUGACAUGGUGCAGAGGCUGGAGAGCAGUGCUGCCUGGCCCAAGCCAGCCCCAGCAGAUGGAGUCACCAUGUUACCACAAUGGGUUCCCUAGCCAGGAAUUGUGCUUUGCCUGGGAUCACUGAGGUCGUUGCUGGACACUGUGUUUCUGUCUCUUUUUUGUUCCUUCCUUUCAAGUGUCAAGGUGAAUUUGAAAGUCUGAUGCCCUCCCCCCCUCCCCGAUGUUUUCCUUGGACAAUCAUCUCAGGCACUGGGCAGGCUGCAAGCAACCACCUGAAGGGACACAGACGAGACUCGGCUCUCUCUGCCAUCCGCAUUCACGGCGGAGAUGGACAUUCAUGAGACAUGCUGAGUAACCUUUGACCUUUAAUGCCACGGGCCGUGAAGGCGAUUAGGGGGGCAACCUACCGUGUAACGUUGUCUGACUAACUCUGUAAUUAUGAAGCAUGGACAGGUAGCAGCGACUCCAUGUUGUGUGAAUAAAGCUACAUAUGGACAUUC